CAACCAUGGAAGUACUUAUUGCUGAAGUAAAAAAACGAAGUGUGUUGUGGGAUAGAAACCACUGUCAGUACAAAUAUAAAGACAAAAGAAAUACAGAAUUCGAAUGGGAAGCAAUUGCUAGAACUAUUGGAAUUUCAAAAGAUGAAGCUAAAAAGAAAUGGCGUAAUAUACGUGAUCAAUACAACAAAGAAGUUAAAAAAAUUCCAAAAUCUAAAUCUGGUGCUCCACAAGACCUGGCCGCAUUAUACACUGGAAAGUGGCAGCAUUUUAAAAGUUUAGUUUUUUUAAACGAGACUCCAAGAAUAAAUACAGAUGCAAAUUCAAUUGUAUCUGAUGAAUUGACUAACUCAACUGAAACGCAUAAUAAUGUUAAAGUACUAAAAAGUGAAGUAAUUAGUAAUCCAGAAAUAAGUGACAAUGAUCAACAGAGACCUUCAUCUAUGCGUUCAUGAUCACUUCGAAAAAGAAGAAAAACAUUAUAUGAAGAAGAAUCUGAUGACGAAGAAGAAAGAAAUGAUGUUGAUUUUAAAGGUCCACAAAUAAAAACUAAUAGGAUUGAUUCAUAU